AUGACCGCUAUUGAGAAGAACGAGAUCUCGUACGUCGACGAAAAGUCGGAGUCCGUUUAUGACACGAAGGCACACCAGAUCGUCCAGAUCGACAACUUCCAAGUUCUUGGUCUUCACCCAGACGAUGCAGAAUUCUACACAAACUAUUCCGAGAAGAAGAGGAGGAAGGUCAUCCGCAAGGUUGACGUUCGCUUGGUCCCUAUGUUGGCUGUUCUCUACCUUAUCUCCCACAUCGACAGAGCCAACAUUGGCAAUGCAAAGAUUGAAGGCAUGGUCACUGAUCUGAAGCUCAGUAAUAUAGAGUGGAACGUUGUGCUCUCUGUUUUCUUUGUGCCAUACAUCCUACUGGAGGUCCCAUCCAACAUGCUCUUGAAGAAGUUCAAGCGCCCAUCAGUCUACCUUGGUAUUCUCAUCGUCGCAUGGGGCAUCAUCAUGACCUGCAUGGGUGUGGUCAAGGACUUUGCUAGUCUUCUGGCCACUCGUAUCCUGCUUGGUGUGUUUGAAGCUGGAUUCUUCCCCGGUGCCGUCUACCUCUGCUCCUACUGGUACAUGCCCAAGGAUCUGGCGACACGUAUCUCAUACUUCUACUGCGCUUCGGCUCUUUCUGGCGCAUUCAGUGGUCUCCUUGCGGCUGCCAUCGCCAAGAUGGAUGGCGUUGGAGGCUAUGAGGGAUGGAGAUGGAUCUUCCUCCUCGAGGGUAUCGCCACUGUCAUCCUUGGUGUUUCUUGCUUCUUCCUGCUCAUCGACUCCCCUGCUUUGAGCGGAAGGUGGCUGGAGCCCGAUGAGAUCCGAUUCCUUGAGCUGCAAAAGUUCAUCAAGGAUGGCGGCAAGUUUUCCGAGGAGAACCAGGAGAAGUUCCGUUGGAACGACCUGAAGAUGGUCUUGAGCAACUGGAGGUUGUACAUGCAGGCGUACAUCUUGCUUUGCAUCUCAGCCUGCUCAUACGGAACCAAGUUCACCCUGCCCACGAUCACCAAGGGCAUGGGCUUCAACAACACCAACGCUCAGCUCAUGACUGUCCCACCAUACGUCUGUGGUGCUAUCAGCUCAAUCGUCUUCGCGCGUCUAUCUGAUAGGUUCUACUGGCGUCUUCCCUUCGUUGCCAUUCCACUGUCGUUGAUCGCCAUUGGUUACUCGAUCAUCAUUGGUUUCCAGGGUAACCUGCGCGCCAACCUCGGCCCCUCCUUCUUCGCCAUCAUCCUUACCUGUAUUGGUAUUUACCCCGUCCAGCCCGCUGGAAGUUCUUGGGCGGCCAAUAACUUGGCACCCAGCUCUCGUCGUGCUAUUGGUGUUGCCUUCAACAUCUGUAUCGGCAACAUCGGUGGAAUCGUUGGCAGCUACAUGUACCUUGAGUCGGAGAAGCCCAAGUACAACACUGGUUUCGGUCUGUCGCUCGCUUUCGGUGCCUCUGGAUUCAUUGUUGCCUUUUUGUUGGAAGCGUCCUACAAGUGGGGCAACUCCAAGAAGGCUAGGCUUGACGAGGAUGAGAUCAGAGCGAAGUACACUGACAGGGAACUUCUCGAGAUGGGUGACAAGUCGCCCCUCUUCAAGUAUAUUUUGUAG